AUGGUUAUUUUGGAGAACAGGAAAACAGUCCUACAAGGACGAGAAAAACCCGUGGCUGGGAACAAAGUGACUGAUGACCGAACCCGUCGCCGACUCUGGCAAAAGCGUCAGGGUGAAAAACUGCGGCUCACCUCUUUGAAUAGCCCCCGGGGGAAAAAUUUUCAGACCAGGAAAUCCGACUCGGAUUCCCCGGUCCGGAAGUGCGGCGGCGGAUCGAAUGCCGCGUGCCGAAGGGCAUGCGCAGACAGCGUUGCGUCAUUCUCCGUCGUUGCAAUGACCGAUGUUGCGCAAGGAACGACAGGAUUGACAUCGCGGGUAAUUGAGGCGGAUUGCUGGGACCCGCAGGCAGGAAAAGCUGGGCUUCGGGGAAAAAACAUUCAUUCCAAGUGGAAAGGAAACUUUCUCGGCGUCAUAAAUUCUGAAACUGCUGUGUUUCCAGCCCAGUUCAUCAACGAUCACUAUCUAGAAUGUGUAUCGCAAGAUAGGUCGCCCCCCGUUGCGGAAAUUUUCCCGAAGUCAUCAUCAGCAUUCAGCAGUCCCUUGGUGCUGACCGCUUUACAAGGACGCCGUUUGCCCCACUUCCGUUCCAUAAUUGCAGCAUUGAAAAAAAGCUUAUCAAUCUGUGCUCCGUGGAACUCAAAGGGGCUCCUCGUGAGCUCCACGGGGGCUCCGCGGAUGCUCACGAAAAAUAAACCGAAGGAAUGCUCAGAAUUUUCCGUGUCGGAGGAAAGUGUCGACUGCGUGUUGCAUGAUUUCUGGGCGGUCUUGCAAGGCACUGUGCGCAGCACCAAGUACGACGAGAAACACGAAAUCGUUGCGGCUCUUGUUUAUUUUCGGCAAUUGAGUGACGUAACCGAAAGUAACCUCGUCGUUGACAAGUCACCUGUUCCAUCGCCUAGCAUCGUUGAUGAUUCGCCGGCCGGCCUCGAAGUUGCAAAUGAUGUCCAGGCUGCCAUAGUACAACAUCACUCGGCGAACUCCAAAUUCUCCAGCUGGGACUGGGCCAUGUCGCCCUUGAAGUUCCUCAGGGUCUCUUCGCUGAAUGAGAAAAACGGCAUUUCGCCCACGUGCAGGUUCCUUCGGGUUGUGACCGACGAGAGAAACGCGUCGGCUGCGGCCCAGCUGGACAGACUCGUUGGCUCGCAAUUCGAAAUGGUUUCUUUGAACUUCGUCGAUCAACCCAUGGCCAAAAAGGAAAUCUCCGUAGUGGAAAUUCUGUUUCGGAUGAAUCAUCGGGUUGCCAAUAAUUAUUCCCUCGAGCGGAAGCAGCAUCUGCAAUCGCAAGGCCGACGUAAGGAAAAAACUCACCUCAGCCGGAAAGUACCAGAAGAAAAUGUUCGAAAAAUGUGUUUCGUUGACAGUGAGGAAUCCAGAGUAGCUUUCCAAGUCACCGGCAAUCUGUUUGAAUCCGUUGACACGGCUCAAAUUUCGACCAUACUCCAGAUCACCCGUCAUAAUAAAAGGCGUCAACAAGAGAGGAUCCUUCAACUGGUCAUAGAAAGGGAAGCGCUUUUGGGGAUCCCCUGGCAUGUACCAGGAAGAUGCCCAAUAUGCCUUCGUGGGGCUUCGUCGGAAACGAUUCGAAGGCUCAUUGUAGAAAUGCAAACUGAAGACAUCCAAGAAAAUCCACAACCACGCAGCCGAAGGUCAAGAAGUUUCAACUGCGCUGACGUCACCGAAAGUAGAACCGGUGAUGAAGAGCAUUCGGCCGAGAAUUUGGAGGGACGAUUAUUGCGUACCAAAUUAAGCAUGUUGGAACUUCAAAAUAAGAAUCUCGAAGAGGAAAACGCGACGUUGCAAUUGUUGAUCAAUGAGAGUCAAUCGCAAGGUCACACAUCGUCACAGCCUCAGACACAGAGAAGUGCGGCUUCUUUCCUCGCUGCCACCAGCACCAGGUUCCUGCCGAGUUCCCGAACGUACCCAUCACACUUGUCAUCCUUUUCAAGAAAUCCGCGAGACGUGGCUUUGAAAAAGUAUCUUCUUCCACUGAUCAUCACAGCCGUGCUCCUGACCGAUCACACUUCAACCAGCAUGACAGACAACGCGUCCAAUCCGAAAAUUCAACGGCAAUUUCUGCAGUCGUUCGCCCCACGGCUACAGGAGUUAAACCCGGCAGAAGUCUUGGCAUUUCCACGGAAUGGUUCAUGA